AAAAAAAUGAUCUUAUUAAAGAUAGUGAAGGAAUAUUUAAUCCAAAAUUUUGGAAUCAUGAUAAUUUUUUUAAAUAUUUUGGUGAUAUAAAUGUGAGAACUCAUUAUACGAAUUUUAAAGACGGAAAUAAUCUUGAAUUUGAUAAAGAAAUUAUACAAGAUAAAAGUAAAGAAGAAUUAGGAAAAACAAAUAUUAAGAAAGCUUUAGAUGAUCCAGAACUAGAUGAAGAAGAAAAGACUGAUCUUAAAAAAGGAGGUGUUUUCAAUCCAAUGAGAUGGAAUGAAUCUAAUUUUAAGAAAUAUUUUGGUAAUAUUCAAGUUCCUAUAUGUAUGACAAUGUUCAAAGAUGAAAUAAGAAUUAUAAAUAAUAGAACAACAUACGAAAAUACAAAUUAUGAUUAUAUUCUGGAAAACAAGAUUGAAGAUGCUUUACAUGAUCCGGAUUUAGAUGAUGAUGAGAAAGGAGAUCUUAAAAAAUUUAGAAAGAAAGGAAUUUUUAAUUUAUUUUAUUGGAACGAAAAUAAUUUUAAAAAAUAUUUUGAUGAUAUAGAUGUUAAAACUUACGGAAUAUUUGAUGAA